CCACAGCAGCCCCGCAGAAGGGGGCGGUCCCGGGCUUAAGCAGAGACAGAGCUCGGGUCAGUUCAACUGCGGGCUCAGUGUGAAGGUAGAGCUGAACCGGGGACAGACGCAGCUGCUCGGCCAGGUGGAUACCAGCCAUGAUGUUCCUCUUUGAAAAUCGUUUGUUUUAAUUCAAAUCGUUUGGGUGGGAGGACAGACGUUACGGUGCUGAGUUCGGCCGAGACUGAUGAACCUGCGGUGGCAGCGGUUGUAGUAACGUCUGUCUUUGUUCGGCGUGUGGCAUCUUUCCUUUACCCCCAACAUGGACAGUUUGGAGAAGGAGCACCGGUCGGACGACGAAGCUGAAUAUGAAGACGAGGAGGUGGACCCCAGAAUUCAGGGGGAGCUAGAGAAGCUGAACCAGUCCACCGACGACAUCAACAGAUGUGAGACGGAGCUCGAGGAUGCAAGGCAGAAGUUUCGCUCGGUCCUGGUGGAGGCCACAGUGAAGCUGGAUGAAAUGGUGAAGAAGAUUGGCAAGGCUGUGGAGGAGUCCAAGCCUUACUGGGAGGCCCGCAGAUUGGCCAGACAGGCCCAGUUGGAGGCCCAGAGGUCCACCCAGGACUUUCAGAGAGCCACCGAGGUUCUGCGGGCGGCGAAAGAAACCAUUUCUCUGGCAGAGCAGAGGCUACUGGAGGAGGACAACCGACAGUUUGACUCUGCCUGGCAGGAGAUGCUGAACCAUGCCACUCAGCGGGUGAUGGAGGCAGAGCACACCAAGACGAGAAGCGAGCUGGUGCACAAAGAGACGGCAGCCAAAUAUACGGCAGCGAUCGGCCGCAUGAAGCAACUGGAGAAGAAACUCAAACGCACCAUCAACAAGUCCAAGCCCUACUUUGAGAUGAAGGCGAAGUAUUAUCUGCAGCUGGAGAACCUGAAGAAGAACGUGGAUGAGCGCCAGGCCAAGCUGUCUGAAGCCAAAGGCGAAUACAAGACGGCCCUCAGGAACUUGGAGAUGAUCUCCGAUGAGAUCCAUGAGCGACGGCGAAGCUCUGCCAUGGGGCCACGGGGACGUGGUGUUGGUGCUGAGGGAGAAAGUGUCUCUGGGGACGACAUCUCCAACUUUAAGAUGGACUCUGACGGAAUAUCCAUGGCUUCAGUGUGUUUCGACGACGAGCCGUGUGGUGGAGGCAGCCUCAUGUCUGAAGAAGACUCAGAGACUCGCUCCACCUGCAGCCUGGGUUCGUCUCCCAGCAGUCCCCAGGAGGUCCUCUCACCCUGCCCCUUCGCCAGCUCCUCCUCCUCCUCCUCCUCCUCCUCCUCCUCCACUUCGUCCUGCAUGUCCUCCUCUGCUUCUCCGUCUCCCACUCCGUCCUCAUCCUCCUCCACGUCCUCCCCGGCUCCUCUGUCCAGGCCCUGCAGUCUAGACCUCCCCAGCACCGUGUCGCUGUCCGACUUUGGCCUCAUCUCGCCGGUGCUCGGGCCUCGCAGUGAAUGCAGUGGAGCAUCGUCACCUGAAUGUGACAUGGAGAGAGGUGACCGGGCUGAAGGAGCAGAGGGGGAUCUGGACAACGCUCCAGUGAGCAACAACAACAGCUCAACUACCAGCACCAAGAAAAGCUUCAGCCUGGAAGCACGCUUCAGCUUUCUGAACCUGCGACGCCCGCGAGCCGCCAACACGAAAAACACAGACAACUGUUCCCAGAAGACCGAGUCUGGGCAAACCGUGGUCCUGGUCAAAGGCGUCUAAGGACCAAAAAUAGGAUUUGUUUAAGUCUGACUCUGCCUUGACUCACUCUGAACUAAACUCUGAUGAACUGUUAGGAGCUGUUUAUAAGCUAGCUGCCACUACUGCACUUCAUUUCCAAACUCCAUGCUCAAAGAGAGACUUUGAAUGUCAUUGCUGGUGUGUAUAAAGUUUCCUGUACAUCUUGGCGGCGAUGUGAACCUUUACUCGAGACACUGCACCUUUUGGACUCUGAUGCCAGAGAAAUAAAGAGCACUCUUACUUUGAAAAUGUAUUCAAGGUAAUUAAAGUUUAAAAACAAAAAAAGAUAAAAAGGUAAUAAAUUAUUGUUUAUGUUUUUUUCCACAAAAAGCUUUUGUCACAAAAGUAAACGUACACAUAGCAACUCGGGAACCAUCUGAAACCUGCUCAGUUACAUAACUGGUAGAACUGAUGAUCAAAUCUAAGAAGUUCUUCCUGUUAAAUGGCAUGUAGCAUGCUGUAAACCAUGCAGAGGUGUUGUUCUGCUUAGUUCAACAGUUAACGGAAGUACAGUCACUUGUAGAGAUGUUUAAUAAUUAACUAAUCUCGACACUUCUGCUAUAUGCUCCUGUAUUUGAUAUAUGACGUUGUGUUUUCUGAUGUUGUGUAAAGUGUUUGGGUUUCAGCCUUAAAUGUUAAAGGGGGAAAAAAAGAUUUUCCAAAGAAACUACAAUAUAGUAUAAUCUAAACUGGUGAUGUUUUAAAUUAAAAUGUUUGGAUUACACACCAUAGGACAAAGCUAGAAUCUGUCCUUUCAUUACAACAAGAGACAUUGCAGAUCAGUAUAAAUACUUAUAGAAAGUGACUGAACUUUUGAAAGAAGACAUUUUUUUCCUGCACAUGAAAAGUAAAAUUGAUCAGUUUCAACACACACUUGCUAAAUUUAAUGUACCCAGGUAUUUUCCUACAUCCGCCGUAUUUGGUAUGACACGACAGAUAAAUUAUGGUGGCUAAUAUUAGCAAAGUAUUAUCGUGCAAUUGUCAUUACUGAGCCACUUCAUUACUUCAGUCUCCAUUUGUCCCUGUUUAAGCAGAACUGAACGGUUUUAGAAUAAAAAUAAACAAGUGAACAACAGGUACUACAAUGUGCCAUUACUGUUGGAGAGACAAAAAUUACCUUCUUUAAUUCAUGAAAAUUUGAAAUAAUUUACAUUAUUUACUGAAAAUGUUAUUGAUGGAACAAAAAAUUAUUACCGUAGUUGCAGCCCAACACCCAACAAGUGUACACCGGACCACCACUAGAUUUCAGCUAUUAAGUUGCUUUUUUUAGGUUGAAGUGAUGUGUAUAUAUAUUUUUGUUUAGUUUAAACAGACUGACCUUGGCUUUUUUUAAAAUGUUCAAACACACAGUUUUAAUUGUAUUAUUGUUAAAAUAAAAGUUCAGUAUCUUGCUUUUCCUAAAUACAUAAUGGCAGACCACAGAUUAAUAUUAGUAUUACAUGGCAGUCGACAGUUUCUCACAAUUUAUUGACAGGAAAUCUGUCCUGACAUUCAAAUAAGUUUGCUAACUAAUGUUGUAUAACUAGACAUCCAUCUUGUUGAUGGUUAUUUUGGGUAAUUUAAGCAAAACUGGAUUUGGUUCAAAAAAGGCAGACACAAUGUUCUACUCUCUCCUAAGCAGUAUAAAAUUAAGAUGAUAAACCCAUGCAAUGUCAAAAGUGUUUUCAUCUACUGUUAACUCUGUGUUUAGGACUGCAGUUUAAAAAAAUAUAUAUUAUUAUUCUUAGUACGGUAUAAAGCACCUCAGAAAUUGAGUUAUCACUAUCAAACCAAGACUAAUUCUGACAGAGAAUUUCAUUUUUUGUCUGCAUUCAUAUUAAUCGGUACUCCUUGGGCUUGACUUUAUAAAUCUGAGCUUUUUAGAAUGUUAGACAGUACGAUCAGCCUAAUAUCACAGGGCUCCAUACUGGAGUCUCCACAUUUUCCUACAAACUCCUAAAAGCUAGCAGACAUAUUGAAGGACGAAACAAUACGAGAACAAAACCCUGGAACUUUACGCUACAUCUUACACUUAUUGCAAAGCCUUUGGACACAAAUAGAAAAUGAAGUAAUUUUCCUGACUGUGAACAGAAAAAGAUUUUCUAAAAUCAAUGUUGGAUUGUGUUAUUGAAGAUCUUUACAGGUUGACAACUAUUUACAACAGCAGGCUUGAGGUUUUAGGCCUUGCUAAAGAAUUACUUAUUAAACAUUUUUGAUUUUUUAUUUACCCGUCUGAGUGCCAUAUAAUGAGAGAAGUAGCUGGAGGCUUCACCCUGUUUAGUGUUAACUAAAGACAUUUUAUUGUAUUUAAGUCAACAUCUUUCUUUAAGGAGCAACUGGAACAAAAAGUUUAAGCACAAAAUGGGAAAAGUUUAGUUUCUCUAAAUCGUUCCUCAAAGUUAUAUUUUUUGUCCUUGACAUAUUUAUUUGACAUAUUCUUAAAAUGUGUUCAGCCAUUAGACAUUGAAGUUUUUAUUUUUAUUUUUUUAAUCGUGUUUUUUUAAUUAAACUUCUCCCACACAAGUGGAAAUAGUUUUUCCUGGUGACAGAUUAAAGGAUGUUUGGCUUUCUACUUAUUUUCUAUGACAGUAGGACAAUGUGUGUCUCCAUGACAACAAAGAAAGUGUCACCCAGGGCAACAGUGUGGCUCACUGAUGUGCUCUUAACUGUUAUGAAUCCUGUGGCACAGAGCGAUACAGGACAUAAGGCUUUGUAUGCACACGUAAUGCUUAUUAGGAUUUUUUUUAAAUGUGAUUUUUGACAAUUAGAAAAAAAUUAACGAUCACCAGACUUACCUUUUAAUUAUGUUCAGUUAUCCUUUUUAUUUCCUUUUGUCCGUCACAUGACUACUGCCUUGAACCAAAGGGUUUUAAUGUUGUUGGAUUCUGAUCUUGGUCUGAGACCCACUGUCUGACUGUGACUAUAAACACAACAAUGUGUCAAAAACAAACAGUCUUUUGUCAGUUUUUAAGUACCAGAGAGCAUGAUUUCAUAAUUUGCAGACAUGUAUUAUUAUUUUUUGUUUAAGAGGGUAAACCUUUCCAAACUGUAGAACUGCUGAUUUUAAAUUCUCCCGGUGCCUAUAAAACUAUGCAGAGCAGAACUUAGUGAUCGGAAAAAAUAUAAGAUCAUACAAAUAUUAAACUCUUGCCUUGUCAGCAAAAGAUGUUAGUGAAGGAAGGUAGUAAAAAAUACAACACCUGUCCUCUUAUCAUUCUCCAGUCUGAAUAUUAUGUGUGAAAAAAGUGUGACAUUAUGUGUAUAUUUCUGUAUCUCUGUGUCACUUUUUGACGUUCAAUUACCGAGCAGCCUCCCCUCUCAUAGCUGUUUUGUGCAGCGGCUGUUUCGUCCUCAGCAUCGUCUCUCAGCAACCUACAAGCUUGUGCCUGUUUUUCAGAGUAAAAUAAACCGACGAUUCACUUCA